CCACUGUCACAUAAGAGAGACGUUUCCACAUAUGUCAAAUGUGACUUUAUAUAUUUUAGUAUAUUCUGCUGCAUCGGACACAGUUUGACGCGCCAAUUUGUCGCUGUCUCGUGGAGCUCAUUUAUUACAAAUAAUGUCCGAGUCCAUCAAAAACGUCGCGAUAUUUGGAGCCACGGGAAUGACCGGGCUGGCGACCCUGCCGCAAGCGGUGGCUGCAGGAUACAAUGUGACUGUGCUGGUGCGGGACCCUGCCAAACUGCCUGCUGACCACAAGGCAUCCAGAGUGGUGGUGGGAGACGUACUUAAUAAAGGGGAUGUGAAGAAGACCAUGGAAGGCCAGGAUGCGGUUAUCAUCAUUCUGGGCACCAGGAACGACCUCA